AUGGAUAUGAUGGUUUCGACCUUACAGCAGCAGCGGGCUGUCACGGAACAGCUCAGGCGGGAGGCUGCUAUCAGACGCGUUCCCGUUUCCGUUGCUGUGGCAGAUAUCGUUCGAUACAUUAACGAACACGAUCAAGAAGAUUGUCUUCUUGUCGGAUUUUCCAGCCAGAAAGUUAAUCCUUUCAGAGAAAAGAGUUCAUGCACUGUCCUUUAA